AAAUUUAAUUCAACUAAUUUUCAGACAUGCCAUGAAUAAAACGGAUUGCCGGGAUCAUCUAGCACUGCGCCUUGAGAACUAUAAUUUCCCAAAUGGCCUUAUUAAGAGAAAUAGCUUCCACGGCGAAUAUACAUUGCAGAGCCUAGUCUUAAGCAAUUGUCGACUGAGGCACAUUGUUGACGGCGCCUUUGAUCAACAAAGUUUGCACAAGCUACAAAAUCUAGAAUUAAUUAAUACCAAACUGAAGAAGCUAACGAAUGAAACACUUCGAGGUCUCUUACAGCUCUCCAACUUUACACUGAUCAAUAAGAGAAAAUCGUUGAGAUGUAAAGGACUUCUAUUGCCCGUGGCGCACAGUCUAAGAUCCGCAAAGAUAAGUCUGCCGUAUACGAGAAAAAUCUAUGAGCCUACAUAUUUCUUUGGUCAAGCAACCUAUGAACACUUAAAGGUCUUAGAUCUUAGCGGAAAUAACAUCGGAGAAGCCGUGGAAAUGCAGACUUUUGAGCGUAUGCCAGCUCUAGAGCAUCUUAACUUGGCGAAUUGUCGAUUGAGAAGUAUUUACUUUGAUCCAAGUAACGAACUUCGAUAUCUGGACUUGAGUGGCAACAAGCUAACAGAGUUGAGUGUUCAGUUUAUACUAGCUGCAAGAGAGAGGAAUAUAAAGCUUAAUCUUGCGGCUAAUAAUUGGGAUUGUAGCUAUGCCAAUGUGGAUCUGUUUGAGCUCUUAAACAUAAAGCCUUGCCUCGAGUCUGUACGAAAAACACGAGAAUUGAUUAGUGAUGCUAAUACUCUAGGUGCUUCAUAUGAAUCCACCACUGAAUCGAAAUACGAAACUUCAAUAGUAACAACAACAACGCCAAGAACCACACAAUCUUUAGCUAAGCAGCGAAUUCCGGUCAUAACAACUAGUUCAACAACUACGCAAUCUUCAGCUAAGCCGCAAGUUCCGGUCAGAACAACUAGUUCAACAACUACAACUACAACUACUGAGCCACCCACAUGGAUCACAGAGACGACGCCGAAUAUAACACCUGACUGGACCACUCCAUGGGAUAUACCAGCGACAACCGAUUCAGAAAACGAUGAAAACUCUCUGCUCUAUGACGAGAUGGUUUGUGUGAAUGCCCAGAAGGAGAGUCUCGGCAGCACAGCCAUAGCCUACAAUGCAAAGAUGACAAUUGUGGAUGAUUCCGAGCAUAUGGUCAAGGUGAUUUUGUCUCAAUUCAAGGCGGAUGUCUGGAGCAUUGUGUAUUUUUCAAAUGCCAAGGAUAAACGUGAAAUUGAUAAUGGCAAUUCAGUUGACAGCUUUAAUAGUAAAAUAUUACAGAUUAGUUCCUUAAAUUGCGGAACUUCAUACGUAUUUUGUCUGAUUAUAGACAAAACUACGACUUCUCCAUUUAAUUGCCGUUCGCAUCGCACAAGGCCUUGUCUCAGGCAGCGACUGUGGUUCGAGAGACACAGUGUUUCAAUAAUAAUUUCAGCAAUCUUUGGAAUGCUACUGAGUGUGGCUCUCGGUGUACUCGCUGUGUACGCCAUUCUCAGGAUGCGACCGACCUGGCUUUGGGGCAGCAAACGGCUGCUGCGCCCGACAUCACAGUCGAAUACAAUGCUUCUGCUGCCAAGGGAAUACGAAAAGGAGGCGUACGAUGCCAUACGCUAUGCCAAUCCGAAUGCCAGCAUUCACGAAUAUGCAUCGUACUACCGGCACUUGGAAGGAGCCCAACUCUAUCGUGGAGGGUCGAAUAAGUACAAUGUACCGCCCACAGAACGUGCCCCAUCCAUACCACCGUCCGUGCAGAAAAACAUAAUAUCCAGUAUUCCUAAUACAUAUACCUAUGAAUCCUUUGAGGUGUAUGAAGAACUUUACUAA